AUGACGACGAUCUCAUUCGCUCCAGCCAUGCGCUCAAACAGAGGAAUCGGAACGAAUGGCGCGUAUUCGUUUGUUCACACCGCGCAGUACGGAGCCGUGGGCCGUGUCAAGACCAUCUGGACGCCAACCAAAUGCAAAAUCCCACUGGCGGCGCUACCUCGUACGGGUGCCGCUACCACAAACGCUACCCAUAACCCACGACCUGCCGACCCAUUCCGCCAUUCCGCUCGCUUCUUCCUCCUUCUUCCCAGUCUGCCAGUGCCAGGCCCGCCUGGCUGUCUAUCUGUCUCGCGACUAGCCAUAGUCAGAAUACUCCGUACGGAUACCAGUCUGUCCCAGGCAAGCCCAAGCAACAUAAGCCAGGCAGGCUCCAACAGGCUCCUCAGCGCCGCUCAGUGCAAAGCGGCGGCAGCGGCAAGAACAGCAACAGGAGCGAACGGCCUCUCCGUCAAACCUGUCAGAAGGGUCACCAGACCACGUUGUCGGCAUGUCGCCCGGACGCGAGGACACGACACAAACGCGGGGACCGAACAACAAGGAACAAAAGGGACCGUCAUGACCACCAGGCAGGAACGCGAAAACGGCAGCUAUUUUUCAUGGCGCCUGCACUGCUUUCGGGCAUUCGCGGUCUGUUGGCAGGAAUUUAUGGGCCGCGGCAGCAAACAGACGGCUUGCGACGUGUGA